UCUCGCACGUAAAACGGCGCUGUCGGUCGGUCACGUGGUAAUCUUGAAGCAAUGUCCCAUAUGAGGAUCUUCUCCGUUUCCUGCACUUCAUCCGAAGACCACUCAGUCAGGGAUACAUACAUUAAACAAUAGUGUAAAAAUAUCUACUCAAGUAUGUGAGUCUAAAAGGGAAAAAAAGGAGAUCUGUGUGGAAAACUGAAAAGCAGAGGAUCUGCAUGUCAGUCCUUGCGGUUCAUUCGCUUAAAAGUUCACGUGGAGCUGCUGACUACUGUCAUUUAUAUCGGUGUUUUCGGGAAACAUGUUUGCAAACGCAACAACGGUGUUUCUACCCUGGUAAAACAUGUGUACUGCCUUGAUGAAUGGCUAAAGCGUGCUUCAAAUGUAAGCGCGCGUAAACUGACUGGAGUCUGUGGACGGGCUCGCGCUUCCCUCGGCGGACUGGAAUACAUUGUAUUAACGCGAGCAGAAAACAUCUGUCGAUGAUUGGGAGAGGGCUGCUGAAUACUGAGAGAGGAACAACAAAGCCUGGAGCAUUGGCAAUACGUCUCGUAUAGCGUAAAACUCACGACAGCUCCCGUCCUGGACAGGACAGAGAGGACACUGGAGGCUGAUAGUGGCCGUGGACUGGACAUCACUGUGAACCUUCAGUCGGGACAGAAAGAGGGACGGAGUAAUGGGUUCUACAAUGGGAUCAAACUGCCUUUUAUACCUCUGUCUGCUUUGGCUGUGCGUGGCAAGGUCUCUUGCUGCUGAUGCUGAGGAAAGGCUAGUAGAUUUUCUGCUUGGUCCUGAGCGUUAUAAUAAGCUUAUCCGGCCUGCAGUCAAUAAGAGUCAACAGGUCACAAUUGGCAUCAAAGUCUCUCUCGCACAACUCAUUAGUGUGAAUGAGAGAGAGCAAAUCAUGACAACAAAUGUCUGGCUGACUCAGGAGUGGAAUGACUACAGACUGGUGUGGGAUCCAAAUGAGUAUGAGGGCAUCAAAAAACUGAGAAUACCAUCACGGCACAUCUGGCUUCCUGAUAUAGUACUCUAUAACAAUGCAGAUGGUGUGUAUGAAGUAUCAUUUUACUGCAAUGCAGUCGUCUCCAACACUGGUGACAUUUUCUGGCUCCCUCCUGCCAUCUACAAGAGCGCCUGUGCCAUUGAAGUCCGCAACUUCCCUUUUGAUCAACAGAACUGCACACUUAAAUUCCGCUCUUGGACCUACGACCGCACAGAACUAGACCUCUACUUGACAUCUGAUUUUGCCAGUCGUGAUGACUACACCCCUAGCGGAGAAUGGGAUAUUGUGUCUCUCCCUGGCCGAAGAAAUGAAGACCUCAGCGAUCCCACUUACCUGGACGUCACGUACGACUUUGUCAUCAAACGCAAGCCUCUCUUUUACACUAUCAACCUCAUCAUUCCUUGCGUCCUCAUCACGUCUCUUGCCAUCCUGGUUUUCUACCUUCCUUCAGACUGCGGGGAGAAGAUGACGCUGUGUAUUUCGGUUCUUCUGGCUCUUACUGUGUUUCUGCUCCUGAUCUCGAAGAUCGUUCCUCCAACAUCACUGGCCGUUCCAUUAAUAGGAAAAUAUCUGAUGUUCACGAUGGUGCUGGUCACGUUUUCUAUCGUGACGAGUGUGUGUGUGCUCAACGUCCACCAUCGUUCUCCAUCCACUCAUCGUAUGCCAGAGUGGGUCAAGCGUGUGUUCCUGCAUAAGCUUCCCUUUUUUCUUUUAAUGCGCCGACCGGGAAGGUCUAAUGUACGGGAGAGAUUCAGACGGAAGCACCAGCGGAAAUCCUUCUCCUCGGAUACCAAGGGCUUGAGAUUGGAUGGAGACUCUUACUUCUUAAGUGAUGACCCGGGGCGAGUGUGUGGUGCUUGGAGGGUCGGUGACCUUCCUGAGGGGUCAGAGUUCAGGCAGAGGGUGAAAGUCAGGCACGAUCCAGACGUGGAUGAGGCCAUUGAAGGCGUGAGGUUCAUUGCGGAACAUAUGAAGAUCGAAGACGACGAUGAAGGGAUCAUUGAGGACUGGAAGUAUGUGGCCAUGGUGAUCGAUCGACUCUUCCUGUGGAUUUUUAUCCUGGUGUGUGUCGUCGGCACACUCGGACUAUUUGUUCAGCCGCUCUUUCAAAGCUACAACACCCCCGUCGCAGAGGAAGAAUAUGGAGAUUUUUAAAGCGUCCAAGCAAUUCUGCCACUUUUGGAUAAACCUAUUGACUGAACUUUGACAUCACAUGCAUCAGUUUUCAGCAGAACAUAACCUACACCACCUUAGCAUAAAUAGAAUAAUCUUAAUCACAAUCCACCUAAAAUAGGUUGUUUUCAAUCACGUGGUUCUGGUGACGUGUGAUAUUCAGAUGGAGGGCAGGAAGUAAAAAACUGAAUUGGAGACAUAACAUCCGUAUUUUUGUCAUUUAUACCAUAUUUCAAAGGAGAUAUAAAAUAGAAAAUAACCACAUAUGUUGGCAGGAUCUUUAUAUCAUGAAGAGGGGCGAAUUUUCUACUGAACUGAAAUAUAUUUGCCUGUCAUCAGAGUGGUAGAUACUGUACAAGCUUUUACAUUACAUGACAAAAUACUCUAUAGUAAGUAAUAUAGUGUUUGGAAGCAUACUAUAGAUAAUUGACCCUUCGCUAAGUCCCGGCUUCCUUAGUUACUGUUGCUACACCUGUCAAGCUUUCGUGCCUGGCAUGGCUUUUACAAUAUGUAUGCGCCGAUGUCAGACAUUGCCAGAGAUAUAAUGUCAUUUUUAGUGAACAGGUGAGAUAUCCGAGAAAGCCAGACAAAAAAGGACUGCAGUAUGCAUUACAGG